AUGGAAUCCAUCGCAGACCAGCAAAGACAACCCCUUCCCAGUCCUACCUUGGAUGUCAAGCAUUCGGUUCUGCCUCCGAAGCAAUGGGACCCAGCAAGCGCCUUUCUCACUGAGCUCGAGGAUAUGAUGGCUCAUGAACUCUUUUCUAUUGCGCCGAAGAUAUAUAGUUACCAAGAAAUCCCCUCUGCUGGCUUCAUCCGUCUCUUGACAUUAGAACCAGGCUUCAAGGAGAGGCCCCUCCGUGGCUCACUCAAACAAGUCCGCAUCGACAAGCUUCCUCGCUAUGAAGCACUUUCCUACUGCUGGGGUUCUUCCGAUAAGCCUCGAUCCAUCGAACUUGACAACGGAUCUUUAAAUAUCACCGAAUCACUUCAUUCCGCACUUGUCCGGCUCCGUCGGCUUACCAAAUCCCGCCUCAUCUGGGCUGAUGCUUUAUGCAUUAAUCAAGAUGACAAUCUCGAGAAAAAUCACCAGAUUUUGUUGAUGAGGCAGAUUUACUCCUCAGCAUUCAGAACUCUGGCAUACCUUGGUGAUGAAGCGGAUAGUAGCGAUUCUGCGAUUCAGCUCCAUGAGAAGAUUGGAGGGAUCAGUUUCAGUGGUCUGCCGGAGAAAUUCGUUACCAUGGAAUGGCUACAGUCUCAUGGCCUCCCAGAGUACCAGGAUCCUGCAUGGUUAGCCUGGUCAAUUUUAUGGCGUCGUCCUUGGUUCCGUAGAGCGUGGGUACUACAAGAGUUUGUCCUGGGUAAAGACAUAGUGCUCAUCUGCGGCCAAAAGAAGAUCAAUUGGAAAAGGUUCGUCAGUGCCACAGAGAAGAUGCAAGAAUUCAAUCUCCUCAAAUGGACGACUACUGGCGAGGCUCUUGACGAUGGCAUCAACGAUGCAUAUUCGGGUGCUGCUGCGAUGCUGGCAAUGAUGGCAGUCAAAUCCGGGUCCAGCCUCAGCUCGGGGAUUGCGUAUUACAUUCGAAGCUUCAGCGAAGCCGACGAGAGCACACUCCAGCAAUUAGAGUCCCAUAAAUCUCUAGCGGAGAAACUACCUGGCUUGAAAGAUACGAUUAUGAUGCUUCGCAAAGAUCCGUCGUUGGUUGAGCCUACCAUAAAAAUGCUCGAGGAGAAUAUGGGAGCUUUCGGACUCAGCGAAUUGACUGAUCCAAGUAUCCAUCAACCACUCAUCAAUCUUCUUUUCAUGUUUGAUAGGAGUGAGGCGACGGACCCCCGAGAUCGACUUUUCGCGCUGCUUGGACUGGCGUCUGAUGGCACUGAUGAGGACUUUCGACCCGAUUACAAUGAAUCCAUCGAUUCGUUAGCUAGACGCUUCAGUCAAGGCUUCAUUGAAAAGGGACAUGGAAUGCAAGUACUGCAUCUUGCUGGCCUCUCAAAUGAACUGCCAACCUGGCCUUCUUGGGUGCCGGAUUGGACUCGGACGGGAGUGGUGGAGAGAAAAGUUCUCUGUGCUCGCACCAUAUGGGCACCUGUUGAUAACAAUUCUUACAAAGCGGGAGGAGAUCUCUUACCGAACAUCAGAAUUAGCCAGAACCCAAAUGUGCUGCUCGUAUCAGGGAGCAGAGUGGAUACGAUUUCACAGCUCGGCAUGGACGCUUCAAGUAUUAUAUCACCCACAACUACCGACAUCUUCAUCCUCAGGGAAUUCUUCGCCUCAGCAGACGACGUCAUCGGCCCAGACUCAUCAAAAGUCUACCCUCCAACGGGCGAGAAUAUGGACGAAGUCUACUGGCGCACGCUCAUUGCGAACAAAGGCAUGAAUUCCGCGGAAGCAACUUCAGAAUAUGCGCUUCAGUACGAAGAAUGUAGGCGGUUCUUCGACACUAAUACCUUAGAGUCCUUGACUUCUGUUGAGCAGCUGCUCUCCCUGAACCUGUAUUAUGGAUGUGUAGCAUCGCUGCUUGCCACAUCUAGGGUAUGUAAGACGGUCAAUGGAUUUGUCGGGGUAGUUCCUAUCGGUGCAGGGGUUGGAGAUUUGGUGGCUGUCUUUGCUGGUGGCGCGAUGCCCUUUGUUUUGCGGCCUACUGAGGAGAUCGAAGGUGGCUUUAGGCUUCUUGGAGGGUGUUAUAUGCAUGGCUUGAUGAGAGGGGAGGCUGUGCAGUCGCCGCUUUGGAAGGAGGAAGAAUUCGAGUUGCAUUAA